AUGACAAAGUCUACCAUUUCCUUGGCUACUCUUGUUUCAUUCCUUUCUAAUCUUCUCAUUCUCUCGGCCGCCCAGCACCCUAACGCCACUGUUUAUUCCAAUUGUUCAUUAGGCAAAGGAACCUACACAAACUCAAGUGUCUUUCACACCAACCUCAAUGCCCUUCUUUCUAAUGUUGCCUUCGACACAAAAAUUGACUAUGGCUUCUGCAAUUCCUCUUAUGGUGAAAAUCCUAAUAAAGUAAAUGCAAUUGGACUUUGCAGAGGAGAUGUGAAGCCUGAAACUUGCCGUAGUUGCCUCAAAAAUGCCACAAUGAUUCUCCCAAAGCAAUGUCCCAACCAGAUGGAGGCAUUUGGAUGCUAUGACUUCUCAACUGGUGAAGUCGCGCGCGUGCACAAACGAGGUUUUUGGUUCGAGCCGUGGAAAAAUCACUUUGAGGAGGAAUUAUAUGAUGGCGACAUGUGGCAAUACAAGGUGGCAUGUGAAAUAGCAACACGUGGAGAUGAGGUGGUGACAUGUGGCAGCGAAGAAAAAGCACAAGAUGCAGAAAAGUACACCAAGGCUCUUGAUGAUCUAAUGGAAAGUCUAAAAGGCAAAGCCGCAGCUGGUGACUCUCGUGUUAAGGUGGCCAUGGGAAAUGCAACAGCUGCUCCGAAUGAAACUGUAUUUGGUCUUGCCCAGUGCACGCCUGAAUUUUCUCAGCAAGAUUGUGAAGAUUGCUUAAGAAAGGCUAUCUCAGAUAUCCCAAUCUGUUGUCAGAACAGGAUUGGUGGUAGAGUUAUCAAAUUGAGCUGCAAUCUUCGAUUUGAAAAGGGCCAAUUCUAUGAUUCAAUACAAUUAUCUCCAAUUCCUCCUGCUCUUGCUCCGUCCAGCAGAGCAACUUCCUCACCACCUGCAGGAGUUUCUGAUUCACCAAAAGCUGCUGAUGAUUCACCCAAAGCUUCAGAAGGAAACAGCGUCGAAACCUCAAGAAUUGUCGCUAUCGUUGCCGUGGUAAUUGGUGCCCUCACCACGAUUUACUAA